GAUGAAUGUGACAUGGGAUGGCAAGGACUUGUCAUUCACAGAGGACGGCUACCAGGAAUACCCCAAGCUGGUUGUCAUUGUUCUCAACAAGGAGAGGGAGUGGGAGAAGAUGGGGAGACUGGAGAACCGCAGCCUGACUCUGAAGUACCCGGUGUGGCCGCGCUUCAACUCCUUCGGCGAUGCCGAGUUGGACGACAACCAUCUGUCCAUCGUCACCUUAGAGGAGAAACCUUUUGUGAUUGUGGAGGAUGUGGAGAGGCUCACUGGUACCUGCAUGAGGAACUCUGUGCCCUGCAGGAAGCACAUCAAAGACAACACAACAGAGGCUGGUGGGACAUACAUCAAGAAGUGCUGCAAAGGCUUCUGCAUUGAUAUUCUGAAGAAGAUUGCAAAGUAUGUGAAGUUCACCUAUGACCUGUACCUGGUAACCAAUGGCAAGCAUGGCAAGAAGAUCAACAACGUCUGGAAUGGGAUGGUGGGAGAGGUGGUCUAUAAGAAAGCCGUCAUGGCCGUCGGAUCUCUGACGAUCAAUGAGGAGCGUUCUGAGGUCAUCGAUUUCUCCGUCCCGUUCGUGGAAACCGGGAUCAGCGUCAUGGUCUCCCGUAGCAAUGGAACAGUCUCCCCGUCAGCCUUUCUUGAGCCAUUCAGUGCAUCAGUGUGGGUGAUGAUGUUUGUGAUGCUCCUACUGGUGACUGCAAUGGCUGUGUUCAUGUUUGAGUACAUCAGUCCUCUUGGCUUCAACAGAAACUUGGCACAGGGACGAGACCCUCACGGCCCGUCCUUCACCAUGGGCAAAGCCGUCUGGCUGCUCUGGGGUCUGGUCUUCAACAACUCUGUGCCGGUUCAAAACCCGAAAGGAACCACGAGUAAGUUCAUAGUGUCUGUGUGGGCCUUCUUUGCUGUCAUCUUCCUGGCCUCCUACACUGCCAACCUGGCCGCCUUCAUGAUCCAGGAGGAGUUUGUGGACCAGGUCACCGGUCUGUCUGAUAACAAGUUUCAGAAUCCGUACGCGUACUCUCCUCCGUUCCGCUUCGGGACGGUUCCGAACGGAUCCACAGAGAGGAACAUCAGAAAGAACUACCCUGCCAUGCACCAGUACAUGGUGAAAUAUCAUCAGACUGGGGUGGUGGACGCACUCGUCAGCCUCAAAACGGGCAAACUGGACGCCUUCAUCUACGACGCUGCGGUGUUGAACUACAUGGCGGGCAGAGAUGAAGGGUGUAAGCUGGUGACCAUAGGAAGCGGGUACAUCUUUGCCACCACUGGUUACGGCAUUGCUCUGCAGAAAGGCUCGUACUGGAAACGACAGGUGGAUCUCGCCAUCCUGGCCAUCAUCGGAGACGGUGAAAUGGAGGAACUGGAGGCCCAGUGGCUGACUGGAAUCUGCCACAAUGAGAAGAACGAGGUAAUGUCAAGUCAGCUGGACGUGGACAACAUGGCCGGAGUCUUCUACAUGCUGGCCACAGCUAUGGGCCUCUCUCUCAUCACCUUCGUGUCCGAGCAUCUCUUCUACUGGAGGCUCAGAUACUGCUUCACCGGGGUCUGCACCGGCACACCGGGUCUCCUCUUCUCCAUCAGCAGGGGAAUCUGGAGUUGCAUCCAUGGCGUCCAUAUUGACAUGAAGAAAAAGACAGAUCUAGACUUCAGCCCUCAGGACAAAAUGCUUAAGCUCAUUAAGUCAGCCAAACAGAUGACUAACAUGUCCAACUUGAGUGGCUCCCACAUGAACUCCCCCAAACGAGAGUUCAUGCACUCAGCUGGGCCGAUGAUCAUGGACAUGAUGGCGGAGAAGGGCAACUUCAUCUACGCCGACAACCGAAGCUAUGCUCCCAAAGACAUGAUCUACGGGGACACCGGGGACUUGCAGUCGUACCUCGCCAGCCGCCACAAAGACCACCUUAACAACUACAUCUUCCAGGGGGGCCAGCAUCCUCUGACCCUGAACGACGCCAACCCCAACACAGUGGAGGUGGCGGUGAGCGCCGACUCGGUCCAGACCAACGCCAAGCCGCAGCGGACCCUGUGGAAGAAGUCAGUGGAUACUCUGCGUUCGGUUCCACCCGGACCCCCUCCGAUGCCCGACAUGCUGAUGCCGGACCCGCGAAUGUCCAUGAAGACCCAGCGCUACCUCCCUGAGGAUGCGGCCCACUCUGACAUCUCCGACUGCUCCAGUAGGGCGGCCUCUUACAAGGACCCAGAAAACAACAAGCACCUGAAGCCCAAGGACAACUUAAAAAAAAGAUCGGUGACGUCGAAAUACCCCAGGGAUUGCAGUGAGGUGGAACUGUCCUACUUAAAGACUAAGCAGGUCAUCGUACCCAACCAAACCGGGAGAGGAGGAGGAGAGAAAAUCUACACCAUCGACUCAGACCGAGAGCUGAGUCUGCACUCAGACCCCGUCCACUACCGAGAGAGUCGCGGCCUCGCUGCCGACGAUUUGGAUUACCCCGAGAUCUACUCGGACCACAGCGACAACUACAGGAAGUGCGAGCAGCCCAUCAUUCACCUGAACUCCUCGCCUUUGCACCACACCGACUCGGAUCUUCUUCCAGACACAUCUUACUCUAAACACUACAGCCUGAAGGAGAAAAACCUCUCCCCACACGAAUCCAUUGAUCGCUACAAACAGACACACUGCCGGUCCUGCUUGUCCAAAGUGCCCACUAGCUACCCGCCAACAGGGCCGUACACCCCUGCCGCUGCACCCGUUGCACCCGCUGCGCCCGCUUCCACGCGCUCACCAUAUAACCGCUGUGAAGCAUGCCUCCACACAGCCAACCUGUACGACAUCAGCGAGGACCAGCUUCUCUCGGACUCCUUGGUCAGCCCCAGCAUGCACCACCAACAGCAGCAGCAGACGGACGAAAUGUUCGGUCUGUACUGGCCGCAGACGGAUGGGCCUCACGUGCAAAAGAGAAACCGCUUGAGGCUGAGCCGUCAGCAUUCCUUUGACAACAUCAUGCUAGAAAAGCCCAAGGACGUGGACCUGGGCCGACCGGCGCGCAGCGUCAGCCUCAAGGAGAAGGAUCGCUUCCUGGACUCCACAUCUGACUCCCACUAUGCGAACCUCUUUGGCAUGCGUCCCUACUCCGGCAGACUGUUUGGCACUGGGUCCAAAUCAAUGAUGUUUAACCAUAAUCUAGAGGAGAGCAAAAGGAGCAAGUCCCUGUACCCAGCCCAUGGCUCGGAUAACCCUUUCCUCAGCCACUCGCUGAGGGAUGACUCCAGCAGUAGACUGGUUCAUGGGCGUAGCUCCACUGAUAUUUACAAACAGCUGGCUGUGGCCUCGCCUGUAUCGGUUCUGGGAGCUGCCCCCGUCAAAACGCGUAAUGAUGCGAACAAUCUCCGCUCCUCUGUUAAAUCCACCACUUCAUACUGCUCAAGGGAUGGGCGGAUAGCCAAUGACAUGUACAAUAAAGAGCAUGUGAUGCCUUACUCAGCCAAUAAGACUAGUGCAUACCCAGCCCCACGCGGCGUCCUAAACUCAGCCCAGUUCAGCAAUAGACGGGUGUAUAAAAAAAUCCCCAGCCUGGAGUCGGAUGUUUAGUUGAUAUAAGAAGUAUUAUGUUCUCUCCUCUUUACUCCUCUCUGGGUUUGUAUUAUAAUUUAUCAACUAUGUUAUCCACCAACGGAUGCCAUAGCCACACUGCGUUUUUCUUCUUCUCUUUGACAUUGUAAUUUAAAAGAACUCGUGCCAAUGGGUCUGACGGUACUACUAGUAUUACUCUCUUUGCAGAUGAUAUCAUCAUUUUUGUCUAUUCUCUGCCAUGUACCAGUGAGUUGGCUGCAAGGCUGGCACUCUGCCACAAGGUAUCCUGGUGUAAAUUGAAGGGGAAUCAUUAAGCCCCCCUGUGUGAGGUAGGAAAUGGAGUGAUCCCCUUAGUGGGAAAAGAAGACGGACGGUGACGGAGGACUUCUGCAGGUGUUGUUGGAAAAGGGCUUUGGAUUUGUGACGAGUGGUUGGUGGGAUAGAUUAUGAGAAGGGAACCAGAGGGAGAGAGAGAGGAGAUAACCUCUCUCUCAACCCCUCUUCUUUCUUUCCUUUUUCCUGUCCACCUCCACUGUCAAGAUUUUUGGCUCGCCGGGUUACAAGAGGAGGCCUGACAGGGAGACCAGAUGGGCACGUUUGAUGUCCCAGCCAGACAUGGAGGUAUCCCAGGAAAGGCAGAGGCGUCACAGUGAGCUAGUCCAACGGUCUGCUGCUUGUUACUGUAACAAAUAUGGCCACUGAGGUACAGAGGCAUCCUGGCAGUUUGAGAGGAGAGAGAGAGGGAAGGGAUUAUUGACUAAACGGCACAGAGGGGAGCCUCCAGUAGUUGUUGAUAGAGAGGUAUCGGUGGGCGUCUUUGGAAUCUGGUCUCUGGUGGUAAGUCCGGGCGUUGUGUUGUGAUAAGUGAUAAGUGAUAAAGAAGCUGAGAGUCAUGUAGGUGCUAUUAAUGAAUAAUGUUUACAGACUGACAGAUAUUAAAAAGACAGACUGACAAAACGACUGAAAGAACAGGAAAGACAAGCAGGUAAACCUGAGGCAGUUGAAGGGCAUUUCAUUUGUGGCGCUGCACAUAGAAAAAUAAUAGCAAAGUAUUGCUUUUUUAUUCUAUUUAACUAUAAGAUUUAUUAGGGAUUCUGGCAUCCGGAUCCCCCUACGUAGGAUUUUAGUGUUUGCUUAUUUGGUAGCACAGUAGCCAUUAGUUUUAAAAACCUCUCUCCCACAUUUGCUUUUGAAAAAGCAUAGCUUUCUGAAAAAUACCAUGAGGAGUAGUGGAUUCUUUUGCAUGUGUUGAUUUUCUUUCAGUCUCGGAGAAGACAAAAAUACACACAGAUACACUCACAUAUUUUACAUGUUUUUUGAAAAAGGGGACCGUGUCUCCUCGGAUAUGGAUAUUUGUACAAUCGAAAAAACCUUUACCCUUUGACCUUUGUGCUUAGUAAACCGGCGUCACGCUACGGCUCUUGCUGCAAAAAGAGCGGGGAAAAGCGGUGGAACGGAAGAGAGCAAAGAGGAGAUAAACAAGGGGAGAUAAAGGAUGAAAUGACAACUGUGUCCAGCACAUCAUCGGAUGCGGGGAUGGGCUGGGCACUGAUGUUUUUUGUCUUUUGACCUCCCUGUCAUUGAAAAACAGGGUAUUAGCUAUAAACAACCACUGACAAUUCCUUCCUUCCGUCCUCUUCCCUUCCUCGAUCAACAUGACACAUCACUAGAGUGUUGGAUAACUGUAGAGCUACUCUUUAUUUUCUCCAGUUUUUUUGUACAAUUGAACUCUGAGUGGUUGGUUGGUACAGGACUAGCGGUGCUACACAAGUAUCUAACCAGUGCGGUCUCGCUGCGGAAUGGGUUCACACUUAUUGGUCAUCGAUUACUGUCGACCCACAAUCAACCAGGGCUCUUGAGGAUCUGAAGACUACUUGAGACAGAUCCCUUGUUUACCUUCAUAGAGGGGCGUUUUGGGGGUGGAGGUGUGGGAUGGCUUGGACUGGGCAAGGAGGAGAGGGAUGGAGCCACGGAGGCUCCGCUGUUAUGUGCUCAUCAAUCAUGUAUCUGUCUUAGUGUGGAGUAAGUUGUGUGUGUGCAUGGCAGAACUUUGGGGUAAGCUUGAAGUCUUUACCAGAACAAUUUGCUUCCUAAUCUGAUUGUUUUUGCAUAAGUUUGUUUGUUUGUUUGUUUGUUUUUUUGAUAACACUUAGCAGGAAAGACUUGCACAUGCACAUACUUCCAUGUACACUCGUGCCCACAAGAAACACCUUUUUUUGUAGCAUUACACUGUACAAAAAUGUACAGGAAAAAAGAGAAAAUCAUGUAUCCAUCUUUACCUGACUGAUUGAUUUGCUUGAUUGAUUGGAUUCACAAAGCCAAAUUGUAUCAAAUAAAAUACCUCAGGAUGAUUCUGUGCGUUUUGGGGGAGCUUCAGCUGUGGCGACAGGACACGAUGUGGCGCAGAUUUUUUCUUUUUUUUGUAGAAAAUUUUUAAAAAAAGGGAAAAAAAGACAACCUGAUUUAUAACGGCUGCAGUGCAGAAUCAAAAACUUUUUCUCCUUUUUGAUGUUUACCAGUCCCAGGUCUUCCAGUUCGGCUCUUUGCCCGAGCUCAUGCAACCCAAGUAAAGAGAGACGAAGAGGAGGAGGAGGAGGAGGAGGAGGAGGAGGAGGAGGAGGGAUGGCGUUAGGGAGCUUAGAUGGCGUGUGCUCAGUGAGGAGUGUUGUGUGCAGCUACACUUCUUGCCAAAAUGGAGGAUGCUUAUUAAACAUCCGAGCCCCUGAAAGCGUCCUCUAUGUGGAAUACAGGAAUCUCUCUCUCUUUCCUUCUCCAUGGCUUUUUAAAAGGCAGGCGACUGCAUUAGCCACUGUGUUUCAAUCGAAGCUCCAUCUCCAACAAACCACGGUCAUAUCGCCCUUUUUUCUACUCUUGGAAUACUGCAGUGAACCUCUCCUUCGCUUCCCGAUCUGCUCCCCCCCCCCCGCCCCCCCGCCUCGCCCCACCACCCACCACCACCACCCUGAUGUUGACUGAAGAGCGACAUUUGUCUUUUUUUUGCAUCUUAUCUGCAUAUUUAUUAUUAUCAUAUUUAUCUUCACAUGCUGCUUGCGUGAGCUGACAAGUGAACAAUAUGCACAUGUAAAAAAAAAAAAAAAAAAUAUCAAACAGCACCCUCGCAUUUUAUGAACUCAUGAUGAUUUGUUCUAUUUGUUCUACUUUUACAGAACUGUCAUGUAAACUGAUGCUGUUUUCUGUUGGAUCACACACACACACACACACACACAGAAACACAUACACACUCAGACACACCCCUGUGAUGACAACCCUGCUCUUUUUAAUGACAAAAAAUGUAUUUUAAUUACAUUUAAUGAUAAUAAUGAGGUGAUGGCAUGCAACCCCAGAUGUAACAAUUUUAAUGUUUUAUGUUUCUUUUUUUUGUUAAUUCUUUUGUUAUGAUGUUAUGAUCACUAAUGCGUUGUAACCAGGUGUGAGUAUAUACAUAUUUGAGAGAAAAAAACAAUUAUCUAUGUUUAACAUGAUGAAGAUGCUGCUGCUGUUUUGGGGGGAGAAGGCGAGGACCUGACCCCAGUGCAACUUCCUCACUGGCUGGACGGGUCACUAUCAGGCCGGGUUCUGCCCAGUGGGGUCGCGGGUCAAGGGGUCAGGAGGUCAGGAGGUCAGGAGGUCAGGAGGUCAGGGCUUGGUUUCAGUAAGGCGGGACAUCCUUGCUCUUCCUCCAAUGGCAGGUGAGAAUUACUGUAUCACCAGCUCUGCUUCUCUCUUCCCUCUCCUUCAUGUGUAGUCAGGACUUCAACUGUAAAGAAGAUAAAAGAAAAAAAGCAACCCUACUUUGAGUCUGCUAUCCCUCCAAAGAUACGAGACCUCUUUCUUUAUGGUUUGCUGUAAGAAUAGAGCUUUUUUUUAAACUAAUACUUCCUCAAAGACUUUUAAGGAACUAUUUUGAAUAUAUUUAGAAACGACACCUGUAUACAUCGCUUGUAAAUUCAUACUGGAAUACAUCAUCAUGGAGAAUUAUAAAUGAUAAAGAGUAAAAACAAUAUUUUUUGUGUGAAUUUCACAGGAGCUCUUCUGUACAGUGGCACUGUUUCUCUCUCUCUCUCUUUUCUUUCUCUCUCUCUCUUUCUAUCUCUCUCUCUCUCUCUCUCUCUCUCUCCCUCUCUCUGUAGAGCGACUAGAAUAAAACUUCACCAUUCACAAGG